CGCCUUGAAAAUAUUAUUGGUAUAAAACAAAGUUAUUAGCUCGAAGCUGUUUGUAUUAUUCGAAAUGGAGCACUGUGCCGAGCAUGAGAUUCCGAAGAAUUCUUCCCAAGUGGUCGAUCUUGAAUUUGAAUUUUGUGAUUACACGCAGAGGCUGAUCGUGGCAACUCUUAUAUCACUGUGGUCCUUUAUUGCUGUACUGGACAACAGUAUAGUUAUCCUGGCAGUGGUGCUUUCUAAACGACUGAGGACACCAACAAAUGUGUUCAUCGUGAAUUUAAGUGUGGCAGACUUACUUACCGGGUUCUUCUUCGCCUGGCAGGUACCGGCGUUGGUGGCUCCGAACGGUUGGCCUUUACCGGGGUGGCUCUGCUCCGUGGUAUCCGUGGGGACUACCACCGGGGUCGGCUGCAGCAUCCACUCCCUUGCGUUCAUCGCCUUGAAUCGACUCCUCCUCGUCACCAAACCGCUCUCGGUUUACCAGAGCGUCUAC